CUCAGUUAUUCCGUGUCAUCUUUUACAGACGAGGUAUUCAGAAUCGGGUAUCCAGUCAACAUGUUAGCGGCAGUUAUCCUCGACAAAGGGAUUCGUUCCUACAAUGGCUGCUUGUUCACUCGCCCUCUUCUCACUAAGGCUUGCACAAGUGCGUGUACAGCUGCCUUGGGAGACCUUCUUGGGCAGCUGAUAACUAAGCAGCCAAAUAUCAACUUAUUAAGCAUGGCAAGAUAUGCUUCUUUUGGUUUUGUGGUGACAGGACCCGUGGCUCACUACUUCUACAAGAUGCUGGAUAAGAUUGUGCCACCAACAGCAUAUGGUGCAGCCCUCAAGCGCCUUCUGGUGGAUAGGUUUACAUUCGCUCCUCUGCUGCUCUUGCUGUCCCUGUACAUACUUUCCAGGCUUGAGGGAAAAAGUCAUGACACAUGCGCCAGUGAAGUGAAGGCAAAGUACUGGGCAGCUCUUAAGAUGAACUGGAAAGUCUGGACUCCAGUGCAGUAUAUCAACAUCAACUACAUACCACAGCAGUAUCGAUCGCUCUUCGCCAAUAUUGUGGCCAUAUUUUGGAUUAUGUACCUCACCAACAAGAGGAGGCAGGCAAUGGCAAAAAAGAAGUAAUUUGAACUAAACUGUGAAAUGUUCUUAUAAGUGCAGCUUGUGAUGGAUAAUUUAUACACUAGUAUUUAUUAUACAUCUGUGAUUUUUUUAUAUACAAGUACAAUGUAGAGAAAAUGCCCUGGGAUAAUAAAAAGUUAUGAAGGUGGUGUGUAAGCUACACUUAUAUAUUUAAGGGUAUUAUACAUAUUAACUGUUGUCUCCUAAUACACUGUCAUAUUUCUUAGACAUCAUUUAUAGAGACUAGAUGUUAUUAUACUUUCAGGAUCACUACUUUGUUGGAAUGAAAAUAAGUACUACAAGGAAAUACUGAUUUUUCUCAUGGUUUAAAAGAUAUGCCAUUCAUACAAUUAUCUGCAUAUUGGAAAGAUAACCUAUUUUAAUUUAUCAAGAAGUAUCAAAAUUGACUGAAUUCACUUAAUUGUUGUUCUUCAAUUACAAGAUAAUGUUAUGAAUUUUAAAUACAAGGAAUAAGGUAGAUAUUGACUGAUAUGACUGGACUUCAUUUGUAUUUUAUUACGAGAAAAUAGACUCAUGAAAGGCUAUUGUCAGUCUCAGGUAUCCAGUACGUGGGAGACAAAACACAGCAAAAAUUUUCACUCCAAAAAUGUUGAAAUUAUCUAUAAUAAAAACAUCCAAAAUUAUAAUUAUUUAAGUGGAAAUAAUUAUGUACAAAAUCAGACAAAUGAAAAUCUAGUCCUGAAUGUAGAAACAGCUCUGAACAUUGAAGGACCAAGUCAAUUUGGGAGACUAGGAAAUAAGGCAAUUGAGUGAAUUAUAAUCUUCCUUGAUUUUGUCACAGUUACUAAUAUCUUUUUUGUUGCAGAGAGUAUGUAUAAUACAUUUCUGGUGUUAAGAGAGUUAUUCAUUAUUUUUUAUGUCUAUAAGGAAAUGUCAAUUAUGGAGAAUAAUGUUUGGUACAUAGCACUGGUAUUGCUCAAUUUUACAUGGAGGUUUUAUAUAAAAUGUCAGUUUAUAUUCUUAAACCAGAUGAACAUUAUUUUCCACUAGACUUGUUAAAUAUAUUGAUAUAGAUGUAAAAAAACUUUCUGUUUUAAACUUUUCAAAGUCUAAAAAAGUAAGUUUUUUGUGUCAAAUUUUGAAAUGCAGGUGUCUUGUUAUUUUUUAUAAUAACUUUAUUGAGAUAGAAAUAUGUAUUGAAAUAGAUGUUUAUUCUACAGGCAUAAUGGGAGCAAUUAUUUCAUUUAGCAAUUUGUUAUUUGUAUGUGGUAAAUAAUUGACUUUGCUCAGAUUUUAAUGUUACUAUAUAAUUAUGUUCAAUCGUUUGUGCAAUAUUUAGUUUUACAUAAAUUUACAAUUUUACAUCAAAUCUAAUAAA